ACUUCCUUGGUGGAAGAACUAUAAGUUUUGAAGGAUUUUGAACAAUUAUUGAGCUUUUGGUUGGUUUUCGUAGUAUCGUUUGAAGCGACAUUAAGGACAGGAUAAGUGCCAUUUGAACUGAAAUGGAAGAAAGAUCUCGAUUUAUUUUAUAUUUCGUCUUAUUUACAAUCAUAGUUGGUCAUGUAUGUAGUCAAGGUGCAGAUAAUUGUAGAAGCAGAACAACUUGUCGAGAGUGUAUAGGGGUGGCCAAGUGUGCCUGGUGCUCUCAAGAGAAUUUUGGGAAAUCCCGCUGUGAUUUGGAAGAUGAGUUGGUGAACUCUGGUUGUCCUGUGAGUAAUAUUUCUAAUCCAAGGAGCAACUUCAAUCCUGAUGAGGACAGUGAUGUUGGACCAAAAGUACAAGUUCAACCCCAGAGAAUCAAACUGAAUUUACGAUCAGGAGUGGCAUCUACCGUGAGACUGACCGUGAGACCAGCAGAAAACUACCCUGUAGAUUUGUACUAUCUUAUGGACAUGUCAAACUCAAUGAAAGAUGACUUGGGAAAACUGACGGCUUUGGCCACAAAAAUAGCUGAUAGUAUGAAUAACAUCACAGAAAAUUCAUAUCUGGGCUUUGGUUCUUUUGUGGACAAGACUGUCAGUCCAUUUAUCAGAGUUGAGACAAAGCUUCCAUGUAGAACUUCAGACAAAGAGACCUGUGUGCCCACAUAUGGCUACAGACACGUUCUCUCGCUUGUUGCUGAUGCCCCACAAUUUGCAAAAAAAAUUAAGGAGCAGGUCAUUUCUGGUAAUCUUGAUGCUCCUGAAGGGGGGUUUGAUGCCUUGAUGCAAGUAGCAGCUUGUGAGAAGGAAAUUGGUUGGGGUGCCAAUGGUACAUCUCGCCGUCUGGUUGUCUUUGUUUCGGAUGCACCAUUUCAUAUUGCUGGGGAUGGAAAGCUUGGUGGUAUUGUGACUCCAAAUGAUGGAAAAUGCCAUUUGAAAAAAGAUGUUCAGGGAGGCUAUGACUUCUACUCAAAGUCUAAUGAAAUGGAUUAUCCUUCUCUGGCCCAGCUUCAUGACAGACUCCAGCAGAGCAAUAUUAUCCCAAUAUUUGCAGUUGUUAAGGAGGUCUCCAGCUUGUACCAGAGUGUGGCAUCCAUGUGGAGUGACUUGGGAGCUGUGAGUGGAGAGCUAGCGGGUGACUCUGGAAACAUUGUAGACCUGAUCGCCAGAAAAUAUGAGGAAAUUGUAUCAUCCGUGAGCUUGGUCUUUAAUGCUCCAGAGAAAGUGUCAGUUACUGUCAAAGCUAAUUGUGGGCCUAAUGCAGUCAAUGACCAAACCCGGAGGUGUUCAAAUGUGAAAAUUGGAGAAAAGGUUUAUUUUGAUGUGUCAGUGACAUUACAACAAUGCCCUGAGGCAGGAGCUGCUCAGCAGAACAGCUUCACAAUUCGUGUGCCAGGAUUCGGAGCUGUAGAACUUGACCUGAGUUAUAUCUGUGAGUGCAACUGUGGAAAGCCAGAUAUGGCGGAGGAAAACAGCACUAAGUGUACCGAAGGAAACGGAACGUUUGCCUGUGGACAAUGUGACUGUAACAAAGGGAGGUAUGGAGAAAUCUGUCAGUGCGAUACGCCAUUUGACAAAUCAAAGGAUCAGUCUAAAUGUAAAAGCUCUAACUCUACAGACGAACUGCCAUGUAGUGGAAACGGCGAGUGCGCCUGUGGAAAGUGUGUUUGCAAAACGGAACAGGGAAAGAGGUUUUAUGGGGACCUGUGCCAGUGUAAUGACUUCUCCUGUCCUGAAGAUAAAGGCCAAUUGUGUGGAGGUCCUGAUCGUGGAGUUUGUCGUUGCCGUAAAUGCCAGUGUAAACCAAAGUAUCAUGGCACUAACUGUGAUAAAAAGAACUGUACAUAUUUUCCUCCAGAAACCCAAUGCAAAAAAGAUGCAGAUUCGGCGAUAUGUGGAGGUGCUGAGAGAGGCGACUGCAUGCCAGACGACGAAAACUGCUACAAAUGUGUUUGUAAGAGUGCUUAUGAUGGAACCUAUUGUGAAAAGUGUCCGAACUGUGAAGACGGCAUGUGUAGCCGCAAUGAAGACUGUGCUCUGUGUUCAACAUUUGAAGGCCAGUCCUUGGACCAGUGUAAACAAAGUAAAAGGUGUGAAGCUAAUGUUCUGGAAGUUCAGGUGGUGGAUGACAUCAAAACAAAAACAGAUGAAAAUUUGUAUCGCUGUGAGGGAGAAGUUGACGGAUGCACAUAUUACUUUACUACACAAACAGAGGAAAACAGCGAACGAUUUGUACUUUUUGUUCAAAAAGAGAAAGUGAGUUGUCCCGAGGAAGCACCCAUCUUACCCAUUGUGUUGGGUGUUGUUGGUGGAAUAUUACUCCUGGGUCUUAUUAUCUUAAUUGUUGUCAAAGCCUUCGUUACCAUGGUGGACCGCAUUGAAUAUCAAAAGUUUGAACGAGAACGUAUGCACUCGAGAUGGACCAAGGAAAAAAAUCCCUUGUAUCAAGCUGCGAAGACUACAUUUGAGAAUCCAACUUAUGCAGGUGGAAGGCAGUGACAUGAUGCUAACGAAUCUACCAAUCUGAUCUGGGUCUUAAGUAUUCGAUUUCAUGAAUAAGUGUUUCCAAGGUUAUAGGUAAAAUUUUUCGCGAUAUUUAAGAAACGCAGUCAUAAAAAUACAGCUUGAUCUCACAAAGCUAAAGAUUUCACAACGUCAGCCGGUUCUCUUGCUCACGGCAGUCGCCGCACCCAUGAAAUGUUAUGGACUGUUUUGUGAAUCGGAGAGCAGAACUUGUUGCUAAAAUAAUACUAUUCAAAGGACAUUUGACUGAACGGUGCGCAAAUUUACCAUCUUUUAGCUGAACGGGAUACGUUUGAGACCAUUUAUAUAUAUUUUAGGAAGUUAGUGUUAGUUUGAAUCACUUUUUAAAAAUGUUUGGCAGUAAAGAGGAUGUCUGCCAGACUGCAGUGCAGUGUAAGAUUAACAUGGUUUGCCACCCUACUUGAUUAAUACUGGAAAUGGAAAAUGUCAUUAUUAUUUUAUAACGGCAAGCGUCAAUUCAUCUAUUCAGCAAGACUCGCGAAUUUGUCUUUCGAGAUAUUUAGUGUUGGUAAAUUUUUCGGAUCAUGUCAGGUAAAGCUGUGAGCCCAUGGCGAUUUUGCGACCCUAACCAAUCCCAAAAUUGAAAUUAAAGUGGAAUUCGUUUGCUCGUAUCAUUAAAUUGUAAAGUAUUUUUUGUAUUUUUAUAGUUAUUAUGUGGAAUAAAUUUCAGGGUCUUUAUUAUG